AAAACCAAACAAAAAAAUCAAAAAUAUAAAACGAAAAACAACAAAUCCCUAAUUUUAUUUAAAUAAUAAAUGAUAAUUAUAAUAAUUAAUCGAAGAGAAAAGAAAGGUGAACUAAAACACUCUCCUCUCCUCCCGAGAGCCAAAGCCUUGAACAACAAACAAACAUCUCCCACCCUUUUCAGCUGCUUCUUCUCCUUCCUCUCUCUCUCUCUCUCUCAGAUUAGAUCCCAUUCUUCUGCAACAAAAUCCCAAUUUCUCUCUGUUUCCUCCCUGCAAAUUCGACCAAUUCCGCAAUCUUUCGCGAAGCUGACUUUUUUUUUUUGGGGGCCUACUCUGCAUCUGGUUCUGUUAAUCUUUUGUUUAUUCUGAUUUGGGGGGGCCGCAAUGGAGAAGAAGGUGGUGGUGACGGUGGUGUGCGUGGCUGCGGUGGCCGGUGCCGUCGCAGCCGGGAUGGUGCUGCGCAAGAAGAUGAAGAAGGACGGAAAGUGGGGGCGGGCCAUGGAGAUUGUCAAGGAGCUGGAGGAGAAAUGCGGGACCCCAACUGCCAAGCUCAAGCAGGUCGCCGACGCCAUGGUCGUUGAGAUGCAUGCCGGUCUUGCAUCUGAAGGCUGGAAGCAAGCUCAAGAUGCUGAUCAGCUACGUCGACAAUUUGCCAACCGGGUAUGCAUAGAAUUUCUUCCGAUUUGAUUUUUCAUAUUCUCCGAUUCUCAUUAUUAUUUAUUUAUUUAUAUUCGAUUGAAUCUCUGAUCCCAAUUCUCGCGAGAUCCGAUUUGAAAUCUGGGAACAUUCCAAGCAAUUUGCGGAUCCAGUACAAUUCCUGAGUAGUUUCAUGGCUGCGCUUAAUUGCAUCUGAUUAGCUAUUGCGGUGAUUCCUCUGUGGAUGGACGGGCUUCGAGCUGAUUUAGCUCAAACCCUGUUCAGUGGAAUGGAGUUAGGAUUAUGACUUCCUAGCAAUACUAAUGGUUGCCAUCUGAAUUAUUCCAAAAAGAAAAAGCAUUGAUUCCUCUUUUCAUUUUCCAUUUUGGCUGAUUGGUUUCUUUCAAACCCUUUACUAUGGUGACCUAAAGCAUUGUCUAUGAAUGAAUCUCCACACCUGAGAUUUGAAUAUUCAGUUUACAAAAGUGGGGAGGAGGUUGGGGUUGAUGUCUGUUCCUUUAUAGCUGAGUUGAUUUUGCGAUUGUUCUCUUGUUCAAGUCAUGAGACUGGGCUGUACUAUGCUUUGGAUCUUGGUGGGACGAAUUUUCGUGUGCUGCGGGUGCAUUUAGGAGGCCAAAAUGGUGGACUUGUUAACCAAGAGUUUGCUGAGGUGCCAAUCCCUCCUGAAUUGAUGACUGGGGCGGCAGAUGCGCUCUUCGACUAUAUUGCAGCAGAGCUAGCAAAAUUUGUUGCUCAAGAAGGUCAAGAGCACGAGCUUCCACCGGGGAGAAAGAGAGAGUUGGGGUUCACCUUCUCAUUCCCUGUCAAUCAAACUUCCAUUGCUUCUGGGACUCUGGUUCGGUGGACAAAGGGCUUUUCCAUUGAUGAAUUGGUUGGUCAAGAUGUUGUGACAGAAUUGACCAGAGCCAUGAAGAGGCAGAACCUGGAAAUGCAUGUCUCUGCUCUGGUGAAUGAUACUGUUGGAACUCUAGCUGGAGGUAGAUACACCAACAAGGAUGUUGCUGCUGCUGUUAUCUUGGGCACAGGAACUAAUGCUGCUUAUGUCGAGCGAGCACAAGCUAUCCCGAAAUGGCAUGGUGCUCUACCUAAAUCGGGAGAAAUGGUUAUCAAUAUGGAGUGGGGAAAUUUUAAGUCAUCCCAUCUUCCUUUAACCGAAUUUGAUAAUGCACUCGAUAUGGACAGCUUGAACCCCGGUGAACAGAUUUUUGAGAAGGUAAUUUCCGGUAUGUAUUUGGGGGAAAUUGUACGCCGUGUCCUCUUAAAGAUGGCUGAAGAAGCCUCCCUUUUUGGUGAAACUGUGCCAUCUAAACUCCAAGUUCCCUUUAUACUUAGGACGCCUGAUAUGUCAGCAAUGCACCAUGACACAUCCUCAGAUCUUAAAGUCGUAGCAAGUAAAUUGAAAGACAUUCUAGAGAUACCGAGCACGUCUCUUAAAACGAGGAAGGUCAUUGUUGAAGUGUGCAACAUCAUCGCCACUCGUGGUGCCCGCCUCGCCGCUGCUGGGGUCAUAGCUAUCCUGAGGAAGAUGGGAAAGGACGUGGCCAAAGAAGGCGAACUGCUGCAGAAAACUGUGAUCGCCAUGGAUGGUGGGUUGUACGAGCACUACAACGAGUACAGCAAGUGCAUGGAGAACACACUCACGGAGUUGCUUGGGGAGGAAGUUUCCAAGGCUGUGGAGGUCGUUCAUGCCAACGAUGGUUCGGGGAUUGGUGCCGCCCUUCUUGCUGCCUCACAUUCGCAGUACCUUUGAGUGCGCGGCAUGACCAAUUUUCCUUCGUCAGUUUGCGUCCUCUCCUUUCCUGCAGAAGCCUCUCAUUACUUCGACCUCUGAAAUGUGUCGAAGAGUCCUUUCUAUUUUUUCAUUUACCUUUUACUUGGUUGGUCUUAGGAGAUUGGUUAUACUGUGAAUAUUUUUUACAGCAAAGCCUCGGGGAAUUUGAAGGUAGCUGUGAAGCGGUCAAUUCUUCCGCUUUUCAUGCGGCUGAUGCUGCAUUACUACCCUCUGGUAAUAAUUCCUGCUUUGAUUUGAAUUCGCCAAUUUGCUUUGGUGAGAAUAAUAAGAAAGAAAUACAGAGAAGCUUAAGUUGGAAUAAUAAUAUUUGAUUUUGCCAAAUUACCUUGUAUUUAUUUUGGCUUAUACCUCAUCUUCAUCUAUUGGACCUUUUUACUUUCUGCACCCUCAUCCCUCGGCCCGUAGCAGCUUUCUAGGAAGCCCAGCCUGGCAUGCUGG